AUGUGUAAUUGGCUACCACGGAGAAGAAGGACUACAUUUAAGAUAUGGCUUGGAAGCAAUAAGCCUUCUACUCGCUUGCGAUUUGUCGAGGCACGCAAGGCGGCAGCGAAAGCAGUGGCGAAAGCCAAAGUUGAUUCCUGGGAGGAGUUCGAUGAGGAGUUGAGGUCGAAUUUCCACACGGCAAACAAGGAGAUGGCAAUAAUGCUGAAAUGUGGAAGUCGUCAAUUGCAAUGGAUGCUUCAGUUCUCUCCGUUGAAAUGGUCAAGUACCGCCGCAGAAACGUUUUCCGUAGCGAAACGUGAACGUACUCGAUGGCCGUUUUUUCAGAUGGAUGGUAAAGAGUGUGUUCAACUGAAAGACGGUGUCUACACGAUUGACGACCUUCACGAGCAACCAGCGCUGACUAUCAUGUUGGUGGAGCACUGGCUGAGCCAAAAGAAGUUGAACCGAAGCCAUCAGCCAAGGUUCUGGAUGAUGAACAGCCGCGAACGAGUCUGGGCGAAAGAAAUUUGGUAUAAGGACUGUAGCGCCGUUCCGUUCUACAUGAUUUAUCCCUAUGCUAAUGGCCUGUCGCGCUUGCUGAUGAUCGGGAUGCUGUGGGCGGCGGUUUAUGCUCUUCGAGGCAUCUAUUUUGUUUUGGUUCCCAAUAAAGAAGACAAUAUUUUUUGCUUCGAACAUUGGCAAAAAGUACGAAGCGAACAUUACAAGCACAAGCAAGCACAUUCUUAUGAUUGA